GACCCUCGUCGUCGCAUUCCGUCGUCUACUUACGGAGAGUACGAAUUGCCGAGGCUAGGCACUGCGACCGCCCACACAUAGAGGCAACACCCAGAUAACGACCUUUGCCAACAUGUCGCUCGCCGCCCUCGACGGCCUCAAGGCCGCAAUCGAGCGCAUCGUCCUCGACCCCAAGUACCACGACAUCCUCGCCGUCGUCAAAGGCGCCCGCAAUGGAGCCGUCUACGGCGCAAAAGUCCGCUUUCCUCAUGCCCUUGUCAUGAUAUUCCUCUUCCGUUCGGGAACACUCCGCCAAAAAGCAGGCCUCGUCUUCCGCGCGACCCGAACACACGCCCGCAACCUCGCAAAGUUUGCGACAAUCUACAAGCUCACAAUGUACCUCCUCAAAAACUACGGCCCCAGCCCGGGCAAGGAAGGGCCCUACGACUCCUUCUUCGCCGGCCUGCUGGGCGGCUACAUCGUCUUUGGCGGGCGCUCCCCGCGCAGCGGCAAGAUAUCGAGCGUGAACCAGCAGAUUGUCAUCUACGUCUUUGCGCGCGUCGUCCUGGCGCUCGCCCGCCUCGCCGUGGCCCCCGGCAAGGGCCUGCCCGUCGUCAGCCGCGACGACGUCUCGGCCAAGAUUAGCUACUACGCGUGGCCCGUCUUCGCGAGCACGAGUUGGGCCAUGGUCAUGUACCUGUUCCGCUGGCAGCCGCAGGAGCUGCAGCCUAGUUUGCGCAGCAGCAUGACGUAUAUUUACCAGCAGAGCAGCGAGUGGGACUCGCUGAGGAACUUUAUCUGGCAUAACAAAUAGAUGGACCGGUGCUUUCUCAUUGGGAGUUUCUGGUGGGUUGGACGGCGUGUACUAUCAGACGAUUUGGCGUUGGUGGCGAGCUGUUUUCGGGUCUGGCUUUUGUUGACAUUGGAUAUGGUGAACG